GACAGGCUGCAGCAAAUUCUCCGGAAUAUUGCCGCAAGGGAAGCUUAGCUUGGCAGGUACACUGCAAAUCAGCAAACCGCCGUGGUAGAUCGGGCAUAUGCUGGCAAAUUAUUAUCCCUCGGUUAAUAUAUCAAGGCCAUUCAUGUCGGAUCAUUAUGGCGUCGUAAACGGGCUGCGGAUAGGAUAUUAGCCUAAAGGCCUUUUUGCGGGGUAUGAAGUAGUGCCCCUCAUUUAUAUCGAUUUCUCCGCCCUGUUGCACCGAUCAACUCACGCAAUUAGCUGCUUUCUUCUGAAGCAUCUUCAAGAGGCUCUGGUUAGGGCAAUCAAAGCAGUUAAAAUGAUCAAUGAUUCGUCAGUUAAGUUCACAUCCUUGGGUGCAAUCAUCCAAGAGCUCAAUGUGGAUGGUCAAAAUAUCGUCCUAGGGUUUACCAAAAAGGAACUGUACGAGAAAUACAACACCCCUUGGUUUGGAGCGACCAUUGGUCGCGUAGCCAACAGGAUCAAGGACGCCAGAAUUCAAAGCCUCAAUGACCAAGAAUAUGAGCUUGAGAAGAAUAAUGAUCCCAACGCGCUGCAUGGAGGCAGCCGUGGAUGGGGCAGACGGGACUUUGAGGGCCCGACUAUACUGCAUCGGAACGGGAAAAACACCUUACUUUAUACAUAUACAAGUUCUCACCUUGAAGGGGGAUACCCUGGUACGGUAGAGGUCAAGGUCUUCUAUACGACGAGUGAGGAAAACAACUGUUCGGUGCUUACAAUCGAGUAUGAAGUCGAGUUGGUGGGUGAUGAGUGUAACGAGACGGUUGUCAACGUGACCAACCACAGUUACUUCAACCUCAACGGCGGCGAGACCGUCGAUGGCACUUCGGCUAAACUCUUUACCCAACAAUACCUGCCGCUCGACAACACCGGCAUCCCGUUUGGCAGCAUUGAACAACAUCCCAGUAAAGUCACUGAGCCUUUCACGAUCGGGCCAAACAAAGAAGCUUUUGACGACGUCUUUGUGAUGGAUCGAGACGUCGCCAGGAUUCCAUUGGAUACGCGCGAGAGACCGCUCCAGCUGCUAGCUGAGUUUCACCACCCAGAAUCGCGAAUCAACCUGCAGGUUCACAGCACGGAGCCCGCGUUUCAGUUCUACACGGGCCAAGGUACGAACGUGCCGGCAGUUGACGGCAACCCGAGUCGAGGUCCAUUCUCCGGCUUCUGCAUUGAACCUAGUCGCUUUGUCAAUGCGAUCAACAAAUCGGAUUGGCGGCACAUGGUUGUUUUGAAGAAAGGCGAUAGGUACGGAAGCAAGAUCGUGUAUAAGACCUGGAAAGACCCGCAAUAAAUUGCCAACUCCAGGACUGUGUCAUAACACCAGUUAAGGGCCCUUUGCAAAAUCAUUCGAUUGUCACAUGAUGUGCCAAUUACCCAUAUCACACGUGAAAUGCAUCUAUCCUCAAAUUCCAUACGUUCCACAGUAAUAUAUUACGGGACAUUGACUAAAAAAGGCCUCGGUAUUAAGUCGGGAAAGUGAUCCAUACACACAUACAAGUAUUAUUUAUUUCCCUCUUGGUUCCCAAGGUCAAGUUUGUCAGCAGAACAGAGUAACUAUUUCACAAGCGAGUGGGCCACCCAAAAUGAAUGGGCCACCACCACCGAUUCCUGCCCGCAGGCGAGAUAUUAGGGCCUUUAUCAACAAAACAAUAGCAUUUCUAUAUAAAAACUAAUUAGGAACCCGAUUAGGACAUUG